UCUGACUUCUUGCAGUGCACCUACAUCAAAAUUGAGCAAGUCGAAAAGACCCACGCCGUGGUCCUGAGCCGUCCCUCCUGGCUCUGGGGGGCAGAGAUGGGGGCCAACGAGCACGGCGUGUGCAUCGGCAACGAAGCGGUGUGGGGGAGAGAGGAGAUCUGCGAUGAUGAAGCUCUUCUUGGCAUGGACCUCGUAAGGCUUGGACUCGAGAGAGCGGACACAGCUGAAAAGGCUCUUACCGUCAUAGUUGAUUUGCUAGAAAAAUAUGGACAGGGAGGAAACUGUUUGGAGAGCCACAUGGUAUUUACAUACCAUAACAGUUUUCUGAUAGCCGACAGAAAGGAAGCAUGGGUGCUGGAGACAUCAGGAAAAUACUGGGCAGCAGAAAAAGUAGAAGGAGGCGUACGGAAUAUUUCCAACCAGCUCUCUAUAACAACCAAGAUUGACAGAGAACACCCAGAAUUGAAGGAAUAUGCCAAAAGCAAGGGCUGGUGGGAUGGGAAAAAGGAAUUUGAUUUCACUGCUGCAUAUUCUUAUGUCAAUACUGCCAGAAUGACCACAUCCAGAGGCCGAUAUUGUGAAGGCUAUAAACUUCUGAACAAACACAAAGGAUUUAUCACUUCUGAAAUAAUGAUGGAAAUUCUUCGUGACAAAGAGAGUGGCAUUAAUAUGGAAGGUGGAUUUAUGACAACUGGAAGCAUGGUGUCUGUAUUGCCUCAGCAGCCUAAUCUGCCAUGUAUUCACUACUUUACCGGAACUCCAGAUCCUGCUAGGUCUGUAUUCAAGCCUUUCAUUUUUGUGCCCAAUAUUACUCAGUUAUUAAAAACUAGCUCCCCUACAUUUGGUCAUAAUGAUCCAGUUAAGAAGCAACCACGUUUUCAGAGUAAACCAGAUCGAAGACACGAGCUCUAUAAAAAACAUGAAAGUGCUGCUGUAGUUAUGGAAACUAUCAAGGACAAAGGUAAAGAGAUGCUGAAAGAGAUACAGGAGUUGGAGAAACAGAAGAUAAGUGAAAUGGAAUCAAUCCUGCAAAACGGAUGUCUUGACAUUAACCAAGUGGUUAACCUUUUUUCACAGUGUGUAGAAGAAGAACUCAAAAUAUAUAGCUAAAACUACUAUUUGAACGUUGUAAAAUUCAGUUUUAUGAUUAAAUUUUCUAAUGAAGUGGCUAUAUAGAUUACAUCUUAUUUUCAAUAUACUAGUUAGUAUGACAGUUUUAAAGAUGCGGAUUCAUAUUCAGGCCAAACAGCUUUUGGUUGUAUAAAGCAACGCUGAAAAGGGUCUUAAAAGCUAGGCAGUGACUUUGUCUGUAUGUAGCAUAAAGCUGUCAGCAGAGAUUGAUUUCGUUAACAAACAGACACAAUUAGAAUGUAAUAGCUUGACUAAAUUGCGGAACAACCCCAUCUCUGGAUGAAGAACAUGAACUCAGAUUUGGAGAACUCACUUCUAGUGUACACACAUGCAGCUUUUAUAGUCGAGAUAAUUGUAGAAAAAUUUCACAUUGCCGGAAUUAAAAUGGUCAUGCUGAAGGACUUUCUAAAAUGUAGAAGCUAUUACUUGCACUGAAUAAAAAGGAAAAUGAUAUGCAAGGCAAGUAAGAUUGAUAUUCAGUUGUUUGAUAAAACCAUUCUAAGAUGUUUCAUGUAUGAACCUUUUACUCCUUCAAUGUAAAAUGAGGCUAAGAGUUCAAGAUAUAUUAAAACCAAAUCACAGUUACAAUUUUACCAUUGUUUGUUGUGAAAUCUGAUUACAUGGAAUUCAACAAUGCGAGCAUCCUGCAAGUUACCACAGAAUUUUCACUUCCCUGUCUAUUUUCCCUACCCUGAUACUGAAAAAUAAACUAUUUAUAUACAAUAUGAUUAUUGUCAAAUUAAUUCUGCAAUACACUUUAAAAAACUCCCACAUGAUGUUAUCAUGUUCUUGAAUUGUUACUUUUUUAAAUGAGGCAACUAGAAAGGAAAAGGUUGGGGUACACAAGUAUAUACAUGUACUCAGCAGGACACUUUAAAGGACUUUUAAAAUUUUUUCACUUCAUAUAAAGCCUUUUAACCAUGACUUGUCUUGCCAAAAUUACUAGACUAUGGACUUGAUUUAGUCAAGCUUUUUGCCCUGCCAGGAACUCUUCCUCCCUGAUCCUAUUUAAAAGUAAUGAUCAAUAUGUGACACUACUUUUAUUAUCUGUGGCAAGGCACAAACUGAGCAAACAACAAAGAAAGAAGAUUCUGACUUCACUACAUGAUCCAGCAGGAUAAAAAGUGUGACUGGAAGGAAAAAAAACCACCAACCAACCCAGCACUUCUGCAAACCUUCAGACGAGAACAUGUAACAUGAAAUGGAGCAUUAGAGCUGCAGUAGCAGUAUGUGACAUGACAUAGCAUCCCCACAGAAAGACACAGCAGACCACAGAAAGACCAUUCUUUGAUGAUUUUUCUAUAUUUAGCCAGUUUCUAGAAUCAUCUCAGAUGCUAAAGAUGGGGCUAAACACAUGCAGUUUUCUCAUUCUGUAAACUGUUCUGUCCCCCCACUAGUAAAAAAAAGUAUAGGCAAACAAAAGAAAUACGUAUACAAUGAAGUUUGCAGAAUGAGCAAGAAAAUUAAGAGCUUGGCAGAAUUUGUUCUUCCUGACCCUACAAUGAAAGUAGAAGUUAAUUUGGGAUACUGCGUUCAGAUCCAUAGCAAGAAACUAAUGAGUCACGAAAGGUUCUUGAACUUUCUAGUUCUAGUGAUCCUAUGUGUACCAAGUGGCAGUAGCAAGUAAGAUUGAGUAGCAGGUAAGACUGAAAGUAAGCUUGAGUUGACUGAACGUUUUGUGCCUGUCUCGCCAACAAAAUUUCUUAGAAGUUCAAUAGUACAGUGGAUGUUUGUGAACUGGAAGGUAUAUUUAAUAAAUUUUUGCUGUAUUUACCUGUUUUCCUCAUGGAUGUCUAUAUCUGACAAUUGGGUGUAUCUUUAUCCUAUUUUGGAUCAUCAGCUGUUCCACACUAGCUCUUUGAUAACUUCAAAGCAGCAAUAAAUGCCAGGUAAAACUGUGCUGGAAACCAAGGUAUGAGUCAAGUUUACAGGUAGUAUAGCAAAACAAGAGAAACAAUUUUAUGCUACAAUGCAUAGUGAAGUUACACAGGAAUGAAAGUAGUGAAGGUGGUGGAGCAGGCCUUUAAGUGAACUUCUUCGCCACUUAAUCAUGGGGUGGCAAUUAGCCAGGUUAAGCAUAUCGGUCUGGUUGUUAUAUAGGCAGAUACAGUCCAACUGUUCAUCUGGUUUCUGUGCUAGAGGAUACAAAGUAAAAACAAUGUGAUGUGUGGAGAUGGAUCAAGUGAUGGCCAACAGAAUACAGGAUAUUUUGGUACCUUUUUUUCCCCCUGGGAUUUCAUCCUCCUAGAACAUAUGCAGUGUAAAAACAGAAAAUGAAGAUGAGGUCAGGAAAAAUAAAUAACCUUCCCUCCCACAACCAUACAUUUAAAAAAAAAAAAAAAAAUCAGAAUGUCCUCUAGAGGGCAAUCUUUGCAUGUCUUUCAUCUAGGAAUACAUCUUACAGUUUAUUUUUAAAGGUCUAGACCUUUAUGAAGGAUCAUAUUAAAAAAAGUACUAAAAUUGCUACCUAGAAAACUAAAAGUUUGAUAUUCACCCUGUCCAUCAUCACAAUUAUUUUGAGAUCAGUGCUAGAAAAAAGAUCCAUUGUUUCACUGGAGACUCCCCUGGACUUACUUGUUCAGUGGAUGUUUUCAUGGAACUGUAACUUCCAAGUUAAUUGAGAUUUAUCCCAAACUAAUCCACCUUCAAAAUAAAAGAACUCAUUGCAUGACUGACCACAUCUUUAAAGCAAAGCUAUAUCUAACCACCAAAAAUUCACACAUCAGUAGAUCAACUAUCGACAUACAUCAAAUUGUUAACUAUUUUAAAACUUGCCAGUGCUCCUUGGUGGAAGCAAAUUUUUAUCAGAUAAAAGAGUUAUUUAACUUUCUAAAGCUAUUCAAAACUCUAUUCUUACCUUCCAGAAGUACCCAGUGAUUUAGAAAUAGAUUAUCAUAUCCUGUAUUUAAUUCAUAGUUUCUUUAGUCUAUUUAUUAACCAUCAUAGACUCUCAUCGGACUGACGGGUAUGAUAUCAGCAGUCACAAUGUUGUAACAGUUAAUCUAACAGAAUUUGGUGUCAGUUGUCAAUUAAAGGUGUUCUCUUCAUUAAAUCUGUAACAGGGAGCCUUCUCUAAGCAGAAAUUUUGAGCAAUUUCUUACUUAAAACAGAUAUGUCCAAAUCUAGGGAAUAGCAGAGCCAUUAUAAAAAGGGAGGCAACGGCAGGACUUUUUGAUGAAAAUGAGAAAGACAAGACUGUAA